AUGGAGAAAUUCCUGCGCUCCUGGCGUCAGGAUGCGCUGAACCGCGGACAACAUGAUGCGGCCAUCUACAUCGGCGACAAAGUGCUCGCGUUGACCAAUAGCGACUCUGAUGCCUUUUGGUUAGCCCAAGUCCAUUUCUCCAACAACAACUACACGCGAGCCCUGGCCCUCCUGUCCCGGAAAGACCUCAUCUCGAGAAGUACCGCCUGCCGUUACCUCGCUGCCCACUGCCAUAUCAAACAGAAUCAAUUCGAGCAAGCACUAUCGGUACUGGGCGACCAUAACCCAACCCACUUAAUUCGCAAUACCACCAGCCGUCGCAAGAUACAACACCUGAAUGGCCAGAGCCAUGUCACCCUGCGCAAUGGCAAGUCAGCUGCCUCACGCGACCGUGGAGAGGACCGGGAACGGGAGGAUGCAAAUAAUAUCCGUUUCGAGGCGGCCAUGUGUUAUCUGCGGGGACUGUGUUUUGCUAAGCAGAACGCCUUUGACCGUGCUCGUGACUGUUACAAGGACGCUGUGCGCAUCGAUGUCCAGUGCUUCGAGGCUUUCGACCAGUUGAUGAAGAAUUCGCUCAUGUCGCCAGCGGAAGAGCUUGAGUUUCUCGAGUCUCUUGAUUUUGACUCGAUAUCUGGGCCAGAUCCAUCGGUGGCUCAGGAAGCGGCUCAUUUUACGAAGAUGCUUUACACUACUCGCUUGUCCAAGUAUUCGUCCCCGGCUAUUCUUACAGAUGCUACCGAGACACUAUCGACACACUAUAAUCUCGCUGAGAAUCCGGAUAUUCUGCUGUCGCGAGCAGAGGCUCUUUAUACGCAAUGUCGGUUUGCGGAAGCUCUCGAGCUAACUUCCUCUGUUCUAUCGACACCGCAGUCGACCCAGGGUUCAUCGACAACAGUGAUCGCUGCUUCGAACUUACCGGCUCAGAACCAUCUAGGACAUCCCCCAGCAGUAUAUCCUUUGCAUCUCGCUUGCUUGUAUGAAACAGCCAUUGGUGUUUACUACUUGUCCGUAUCCAAAGUUGCGGAAGCACGACGCUUUUUUUCCAAAUCAUCUUUGCUCGACCCACAUUCGGCACCGGCGUGGAUUGGCUUUGCUCACACUUUUGCCGCGGAAGGGGAACAUGAUCAAGCUAUCGCCGCAUACAGUACAGCUGCUCGGUUAUUCCAAGGCAGUCAUUUGCCGCAGCUGUUCCUUGGAAUGCAGCAUCUAGCUUUGAACAACAUGUCCCUGGCCCACGAAUAUCUCUGUGCCGCCUAUGCCAUGUCGACGGGCGCUGCUUCCGGAUCAGUUUCAUCUGUCCCCAUAAAUCCAACUAGCGGGUCAGCUCCAUUGGGUGGUGAUCCAUUAGUUCUGAAUGAACUAGGCGUUGUUUUGUACCACCAGGAUGAACUCGAAGGAGCCGUAGAGCUGUUCCGGCAGUCUCUCGCUCUGGCCAAGUCACUUCACUGCGAGCCAGGGGCCUGGGUGGCUACACGGGCAAAUCUCGGUCAUGCACUGCGUCGUCUUAGCCUCCAUUCAGAAGCUCUGGAGGAGUUCGAUGAAUGCCUCCGCAUUGGGGCAGGGGGCGCAAGCAUGGGUUAUACUCCGUUCUUGGGUGGCAAUGGUGGCAGUACUUCUGGUGUAUCGUCAUCAGGUGUCGGGGGAUAUGAGGACCGUGGUCUAAUUGGCUCGCUCUAUACCUCUCGCGGAUUGGUCUUGCUGGAACUUGGGCGUACGAUGGAGGCCGUGACGACACUUCACGAGGCGGUCCGUGUUCUAGGAGCCAGCGGCGGUGGAGAUGCGGCCGGUGGCGCUGGCGUUGCUGGAACGCUCCUCUCUCGCGCCCUUGAGAUAUGGGCGUUGGACAAUCAUGCAAACGAUGAAGCAUUAGCAAGACAAGAAAUGUCGAGAACACCCGCUAGCCAGAGCUCUCGCUCACGUGGUAAAGGAAAGGAGAGACUUGCGUCUGCAGAGCCCGUGAGACGGCGAGGAGUAUCACAUGACCAACUUUCCGAGGAUUGGACCGACGAAGUUGCCCAGGCCGAACCAUCUGCUGCAGCACCCGAGACAAUGGAAGAUAAGGUGGAAAUGGAAUUGGAUGAGGAGGCUGAUGGACUACUACACCAAGCAUUGAGCCGUGUGCGAUGUGGACGGUCGAGACAACGAAGGGCAAUCAGCAGUCCGAUAGAAGAAGUCGACGAGACACCCAUACCGGCGGUCAGUCGCAGUCGGAAUCCGAGGGCUGUACGCGGUAAUACCAGGUAUUGA